AAAUGUCCAUCAAUAACUUCGCUCCGAUAAUGGACUAUUAUCAAUAUAAUGAAAGUUUAUUUGUAUUAUUUAAGGAAAAGACGUUAUUGCGGACCCAUCACUACCUUCGUUCAGUAGAUGACCGGAAAAAGUUAGUUAACUUGUUGGCAAGCCUCAUGUGUUUUUCUAGAAUACCACCGAAAGUACGAGCUAGGCUAACACCAGUAAUUAAAUUAUCAUUCGUGGGUCCUGGAAGGAAAAUAAUAAAGGAAGGCGAUCCACCUUCCACGGUGUAUUUUAUACUGAGUGGAGAAGUGGAGCUAUACAAAAGAGUUUAUGAUCGGACAAAACACAUAUAUGUGGAUAAAUUAGAAUCUAUUAGCGGGCCAGGAGACUGUCUUGGAGAUAUUGAAAUGAUUGAAGAGUGUGAUAGAUUAAAUACAUAUAUUUCUCGCAAUCAAGUUGAACUUCUUGUUCUGCAUGAGGACGAUUUUAAUAACAUUCUGCGACCCACAAUGUCAAAGCAAUGGAUGGAAAGGAAGGCAGCCCUUUUUUCAUUGGAGUAUUUUAAGUAUUUAAAUAAUGAUCAGAUUAUUACCGCCUGCAAAUUAGGCCUUAUUCGACAGUUUGAUCCACUGGAAACAAUAUAUUAUGAAGAUAAAGGUCACAUUAGUUACGUGCAUUUCGUAAUUAGUGGUGAAUGCAUGAUCUUACAAUGUUUAAAAAUGAAGGUUACUACUAAACUAGGCGGAAAAUUAUUUGAACUUUUUGAUAUUUCUCAAAACGAAGACGAAAAUAUAUUUCAAGAUUCCGCUUUAAAUAUUUCGAAAGAUGGAAAUUUUCGCAAUAUAUUGUCGUUUUUUGAUGUGAAUUAUGAAAUAAUGUCCGAAGAGGAUGAUAAAAAUAAGAAAGGAAGUCGCCUGUUUCAGAAAAUGGACAUUAAAAGUAUAGAAGUUUCAUGUGGCCUAAAAGGAACAAGCGAGGAGGAAAUUACAUCUGGAAAAGAUAGUCACUUUUCCAAGGAGUAUUUAAACGAAUCUGAAGACACAGAAUUCCUCUCUGAGUUCAGUAAUUUUUCAUAUACGCAAAAGCUAAGUGUCGAAACUCUACACGAACAUGUGAUAUCAUCGGAAAGCAAAACUGGCAUCGAUAAGCAAAGGUUAUCAAAUAUAAACAACAAAGAAAAUAUACCACCCGGCAUUAAAAUUAGAAGUAGUGGAAACCGCAAUUAUUUCAAUAAUUUAAAUUCUAAUAUUGAACCUGAAGGAAUGUCCAGUACAAAGAAAGAAUCUAAUACCAAAAUUGAAAACCAUUUUAUUGACGUUGGGUCAAUAACGUUUGGAGGUAUUUUUAGUUUAGGCGAGAAACUAGAACAUAGAGUUAUAAUGGCCAGAACUACCGUCCAAUGUCUUAUGCUUCCAAGAUAUUGGCUCAUGGAAAGGGAUCAAAAUCCAGGAAACAUAUGGCAACGUAGGCGAUUCUACUUAGAUUCCACAAUCCCAUCUAGAGAACAACUCUUCAAAGACUUUUUAACUACUCGCACAUGGCAGAAGUUCAAAAAUAGUAUAAUAUCAAGCAACUUAACGAGGUAUUUGGGAAAUCCAACAAAAGUUCAGGAUAUACCUAUUAUUUGUAGAAUUGUUGAACCUAGUGAGGAUUAAGCUUGCGAUUGAUGAAAUAAUAUAGACACUGUUUCAUUUAUAAUUUGUACAUGUAUGUUAUAAAACUACCCUUUACCAUACUUGUAUUAUUGUUUUAUAAUAAAUAUAUAUCUUUAUACAAUACGCGAAUGCGAAAUACCUAUA